UGUGUGUACACUUACACAAAAGGAUGCCAGACUGGUCCUUCCAGUGUGAUUUGAUUCCUUCCCCAAUGAUACUGUGUAUGAAUUAACAGGUGAUAAGGACACUAGUUUGCCCACUGUAAUUAUUACUGACACCGCUGCUUAUGGUGAAUGUACCUCUUAAGUAUUUCCUGGCCCAACCCAGCCACAAACUGUGCAACUCACUGCAAGGAAGCUGCCUGUCUCUGACGUCCUAUUACUCUGCAGACAGCGAUAAAUGUCAACCUCAGGAUCCUAACCACCCUAGAGGAUAACUAUGGGGAAAUGCUUCGCCUCUGACAUCACUGGAGCCCAUUCUGGAUGGUUUUUACACAUAAUUGAAUUUACUCUCCACUCCUAGGUUUAGGGGUGUGAGAUUUAAAGGACUACAUGGUAUCUGGCCACAAAGCAGCAGGAAUGCCCUUCCCAUUCAUUCAGUGAGCAUUUAUUGCAUACUUGAUUCUGUGCCAGGCAUCUAUAAUAUGAAGAUGAAUAGGACAUGGUCUUUGCCUCCAAGGAGCUCAGAGUGUAGUAGAAGACCUCAGGACAGCUAUCAGGAGAAACCUAUGCAGGGUAUUAAAAGGCUUUAUGGUAAUUAGCCAGGGAAGGAGGAUGGUGAGCAGCAUUCCAGACAGGAAACAGCAAGGACAGAGGCACAGAAGCAAGAAACAACUUGGUGGUUACGUGCGUCACGUUAGCGGAAUACUGGAAAGCUUCAAGUAGGCAAUCUUAGACACCUUUCAAUCCUGACAUUUUGUGAUUCUCUGCCUGGUUCCACAGUGGUCAUUUACCCUUGUAGGCUUUUCUUGAACUAGGGCUAUAUUUCCUGGUGUUUUCGUAGGCUCCAGUAUGCACGUUAAGUACUCAGCUUCCCCUGCUCCCUCUUUCCCACUGUAAAAUGAGAGAGGUGGUUCACCACCAUCCCUUAAAGCUCGCUAGGCACAUGUUACCCUUUCAGGUUAUUAAGGACAACUUUUAGGUGCCCAGGUUAUAAAAAUAAAUAUGAACAGUGAAGAUUGCUACCUAGGUUCCAUUGCCCUAUUAAGACAUCAGAAAUACCAUCUGGUCGAAAAGCCUCCAUUCUAGGAUAACACUUUUUACAUUCACAGCUGCUAAGCUCUUCACUCUUACAGUUUGCAGCGCCUACAAAGCCUUCCCAAAAUGUGCUCCUUCACCAUCGCUUCCUAUUAGAAGGCCACUUUAGAACCUACAUCUGUAAUCCUCCCCCUGUGUUUGAGUGGUCAAGAGUUUGAUCUGUCAGACUUCCCAAGUUCAAAUUCCAGCUCUUUCACUUACUAGUUGUGUAACCUUGGGCAAAUUUACUCAAGCCCCCUCAUUUGUAAAAUGGAAAUAAUACUCACUUCAUGAGGUGCUUGUGAGAAUUAAUGUGAUAUAGGCAAAACACUUGGGCUCAGUCCCUGGCAUAUGCUUAAACACUCAGUAUUGGCUCUUAUCUCCUAUAUGAACUAGCUAUAAUUAACUGACGAUUGUAAUAAUGUUUUCCUAUUUCUGGGAUUUAUUGCUCUAUUUUAUAUGAUACUGAAGGAUGAAAGAUAAAUGCUUACCAUCACCUAGAAUUGGGUUUUGGCCUUGAACAGAACCUGAGGCUUAGCUAGGUUAUUAGCUUUGGAAGCUGGCCUGUAAAUUACUACUAUAAUUUAUUUUUUUCAUUAAAAGCUCAGCUUGCUGCUUCUUCUGUGGCAGUCUUCUCUGGUCCUGAAACCCUAGUGUUUAGCCAUUAAAAAAAGAUUUUAAAAUUAAGGGGCCAUAAUUCUCUUCACUCCCCACUAAGUGGGGAUUAAUGGGAUUAAUGAUAAGAAGGUGCACAGAAUUCUUAACCUUUAACCAAACAAAAGCAAAGGCCUGGCCCUAUUUCUCAUCUUUGAAAUACAAAUCAGGGCAAUACUGUGAUAAAAUGUGGUGGUAUAUUUAUGUAUGUGUAGAACUUGACCAAAAAAAACAUUGCUUUGGGUGUCAGGAAGUAUGGGUCCUAGGCCCUUCCACAAGAUGCUAUGACCUCUAAUUAACCCUCUGCACAUUUGCUUUGUGCUUUGCAGGGUUAUGCAUUAGAGAGUUAAGUAAAGCGCCUCUCACGCAUCAUGCCUGGCACCCAGAACCGCCCCCAAAUGCCAAAUGCUGUGUUGCCAUCAUGCCUCAAACCCGAUCCCAGUCACAGACUGCAAUCAGUUUUCCAAAAAAGAAGCUGUCUCGGAUGUUGGACAAAGCUAAAAACUCUAGUGACACCAAACUAGAACUGACAAAUGUCCAGGCCAUACCCCGUUCUCCUUGUGCAGUUCUGCCUCUUAGCCCUAGAAAACGUCUAGGUGAUGACAACCUGUGCAACACUCCUCAUUUACCACCCUGUUCUCCACCAAAGCAGGGCAAGAAAGAGAAUGGUCCCCCUCACUCACAUACACCUAAGGGGCGUAAAUUGGUAUUUGACAAUCAGUUGACAGUUAAGUCUCCUAGCAAAAGAGAACAAGCCAGAGUUCACCAAGACAAAAUAUGUUCCUCAGUUCAAAAAGGUCAAGAGAUCACAGCAAAUUCUGAGCAGAAAUGUCCCCUGGAGAAAGAAUCUGCACGUGUGAGACUCUUCAAACAAGAAGGCACUUGUUAUCAGCAAGCAAAGCUGGUCCUGAAUACAGCUGUCCCAGAUCGGCUGCCUGCCAGGGAAAAGGAGAUGGAUAUCAUCAGGAAUUUCCUGAGGGAGCACAUCUGUGGGAAAAAAGCUGGAAGCCUUUAUCUUUCUGGUGCUCCUGGAACUGGAAAAACUGCCUGCUUAAGCCGAAUUCUGCAAGACCUCAAGAAAAAACUGAAAGGCUUUAAAACUAUCAUGCUGAAUUGCAUGUCCUUGAGGAGUGCCCAGGCUGUAUUCCCAGCUAUUGCUCAGGAGAUUUUUCAGGAAGGAGUAUCCAGGCCAGCUGGGAAGGACAUGAUGAGGAAACUGGAAAAUCAUUUGACUGCACAGAAGGGCCCCAUGAUUGUGUUGGUGUUGGACGAGGUGGAUCAGCUGGACAGCAAAGGGCAGGAUGUAUUGUACACGCUGUUUGAAUGGCCGUGGUUAAGCAAUUCUCGAUUGGUGCUGAUUGGCAUUGCUAAUACCCUGGAUCUCACAGACAGAAUUCUGCCGAGGCUUCAAGCUAGAGAAAAAUGUAAACCAUGCCUGUUGAAUUUCCCACCUUAUACCAAAAAUCAAAUAGCCACUAUCUUGCAGGAUCGACUUAGUCAGGCAUCGAGAGAUCAGGUUCUGGAUAACGCUGCAAUUCAGUUCUGCGCCCGAAAAGUAUCUGCUGUUUCGGGAGACGUUCGCAAAGCACUAGAUGUUUGCAGGAGAGCUAUUGAAAUUGUAGAGUCAGAUGUCAAAAGCCAGACUAUCCUCAAACCACUGUCUCAAUGUAAAUCCCCCUCUGAGGCACUGGUUCCGAAGCGGGUUGGUCUUAUUCACAUAUCCCAAGUCAUUUCAGAAGUUGAUGGUAACAGAAUGACUUUGAGCCAAGAAGGAGCACAAGAUUCCUUCCCUCUGCAGCAGAAGAUCUUGGUCUGCUCUUUGCUGCUCCUGACCAGGCAGCUGAAAAUCAAAGAGGUCACUUUGGGGAAGUUAUAUGAAGCCUACAGUAAUGUCUGUCGCAAACAGCAGAUGGCAACCGUGGACCAGUCAGAGUGUUUGUCACUUUCAGGGCUCUUGGAAGCCAGGGGCAUUUUAGAAUUGAAGAAAAACAAGGAAACCCGCUUCACAAAGGUGUCUUUGAAGAUUGAAGAAAAGGAAAUAGAGCAUGCUCUGAAAGACAAAGCUUUAAUUGGAAAUAUCUUAGCUACUGGAUUACCUUAAAUUUUUUUAUACUAAUACCCCACCCGAAAGUAUCCAGCUGGCAUUUAGAGAGCUAUAAAGUCUUCAUUUUAGUACUUCAUAUAUUCAGGUUUGAAAACAAAUACGACCUUUUUUACUUGAAAGUGACAAAUUUUAAUCUAUAGAUUUAAGAAUAUUUGCACAGAAUUUGGGUCUUAUUAUUUUUAUGCAUUAAAAAUUACCAAGUAGACCCUUUUUAAUGAUAUUUACUACCUUAAUAUGCUUACAAGUAUAUAGAGUAUGUUGUGGAAUGUGUAUAUAGUUACCUCUUUGUUUUCUCAAACAUUGUUAUAUUUGAAAGAACUUUGGGACUAGAGUCAGAAGAACGAGAAAGGAUGAUCCAGGAAAAUAAGCAAGUCUGCAUGGAGAUUUGGAGGACACUUUGUGAUCAAAGAAUUUAUUUCAUUUUGGAGUAUACUGUGUUCACGUUGCAGACAUUUUAAAGACUUAUUGGGUUUCUUAGGCACUCCCAAGGGUGUGGGGUUGGUAAGGAGAAUGUAACUCUACAGACUGUGAAUAUAUUUAUUUUCAAGUUUGAUUCUUUGUGUUUUCAAGCAGCCACAUUUCAAGAGAGCUCAAACUUUCAGAAGGCAAUGUGAAAAUUCCUCCCUAAACUGUCCCACAGUCUUAGUUGCCCUCAGAUGAAGCCAGUUGUUUCAAGAUGCCUUAGUUUGGGGUUGGAUUUUCAUCUAAAUCGCAUUUUUUUCUAGUUUUACUAGAUCAAUUAAUCCAUUCGGUUACUCAAGUCUCCUCUUUUCUGGGUUUAGUUUCCAGUGGCAUUAAAUGGCAAUUUGUGAUGGGGACACCAGAGGGCACCGUUAUAACACUGACUGCCUUGAAAGGGAAGGCAUGGGGCUGGGGUAGUUUUGAGAGAAAGGGGGAGGAACUUAAGUUUGAUUCAUUUGGGAGAUUGCUGUACUUUUAAAACUCAGGCAAAUGCUUGGAAUGCAAGCCAUGUGUGAUAUGAAUGGUCUGAGGGCCAGUGUCCAAGUCUGUGCUCCCUGAGCUCUUCUGUCUCCUCCUACCUUUCUGACACACUUGAGUUUGGAAACAUGAUAUGUGUAUAAAUGAUCUGUUGGCCACUGUUUCAUUCAUGCUGCCCACUGUAUCCUUGCAAUGUGAUCUGGGCUACAGCAGGUGGUAUGGGAUAGAAGAGCACACAGAGAGCCCUCUGAAAUGAACACUACCCACUGGUGUGUGUAGCAGAGCAUACAUAGUCUGUAGACAGGAGUCUGAAUGUCAUUCUCACACACUCUUACAAGAGCAUUCAUUCCCUCUGAGGGUAAUUUGUGAGUAUAGAACACAGUUCUAUACCUACAAGCUUGGAAAGUAUCUGGGGCUAGAAGGGUUAACAAGCAUAAUUGCAAAGAUUGUCCGAAGGCUGAUGGAAAGCAGAGACUGAAUGGGAUUGAGAACAGAUGCGAGGCUUGAUUUAAAUUACAUUUUAUUGGAUGCUGCAGCCUUAAGAGACGUGACUGCUUUACAGUUUGUUUCCACACUGUGGGCAGCUGCUGUCUGUUCUGUGUCCACAGUAGGAUCCUGCCCAGAAAGGAGCGGUCUCCCCACCUCGUUGUGUUUGAGGCUUGGCGCCUUCCUCUUAACUGUAGGACUUGAGUCAGGAACAUGGCUUGACUCGCAGUGGGGCUGCUAUGUAUCCUCCGUGGCUCUGAGCCAAGAUUGCAUUUGCAGAUUCAAAGGAGCCAAAUUUCUUUCCCCUCUACCUCCUUUCUCUCCCUUUCCCCUGGUAUUUGGAAAUAGGGUUUUCUGUGGACUGGCUUGUUAGUUUCUUUUCCUUCAGUUCUCCCCCCACUGUCAAUUUCUAGGUCAUUGCUGCUCUUAAGACUUUAGCAAUUGGAACAGGGUUGGUUCUGUCAGUGAUGCGUGAAGCAGACUUAGAGUCCCUGCUUGGCUUCCGCUGCCCUUGUGGGAGCAAAAGCUGAUGUAUGUUUGUCAGUGGAGUCUUAAGUGUAAUUCAGACAGCUGGGAAGCGGAUAGAGAGGAGGAAGAAAGUCCUUUCCUUGCUGGCUUUUCUCACUGAGGCUGAGAGCUAUGGGAAGGUAGUGGGACGGGAUGGGCCUGUGGUUACUAGUUUUUGCCAGGAUCAUAGGCAGUUUCACAUAGAGUAGUGGCAAAGAUGCUGACCUACAUUCUUCCUCUUGAAGGUGGUGGGGUGUGUGUCGAUAUCCUGGUUUACUUAUUUUUCUUCAAAGGAGCAGAUUAAGCUUCCACGGAGUGUUGUGGGUAUUGCCACGGAAAGAACAUAGACACAAUAAAAUUGGUGUGAGUUUCAACCCCAGAGCUGCCACUGA